AUUGAUCAGAUUCUUGAAUUUAUUUGAUUUUUAUUGUUGUUGAAAAGUGGAUUCUUUGGUUUCGAUUUGAAAUAGUUUUUGUGGAAUAAAAUGGAUUCUGAUUCUUGGAGUGAUCGUCUUGCAUCGGCUUCAAGGAGAUAUCAGCUCGAUUUCUUGUCUCGAUCUGACAAUUUCUUGGGGUUUGAGGAGAUAGAAGGAGAAGAUGACUUCAGAGAGGAGUAUGCUUGUCCGUUCUGCUCGGACUAUUUUGAUAUCGUGUCUCUAUGCUGCCACAUUGACGAAGAUCAUCCUGCGGACGCAAAAAAUGGGGUGUGUCCCGUUUGUGCGGUGAAAAGUCUAUUUGAAGGAACAUCGCGUGCUGUAUCCUCUUCUUCUGCCAGUAUAGCUGCUGAUCCGUUGCUGUCUUCGUUCAUUUCACCAAUGACUGAUGACUUUUUCAUUUCUGAGUCAAGUUUAUGUGCAGAAACAAGUUCUGCCAAGAAAACAUCGAAUCAGAGUUUGCCUGAAAGGAAUGUUGAAAAGCUGUCUCUUUCAGCAGAGGAUCACAGAGAAAAGUUGAAACAGAGCGAGUUUGUUCAAGGGAUUUUGAGCUCUAUGAUUCUUGAAGUCGGCUUAUAAAGGAUAAAUAAUCCAGUAACUUCUCUACGAUUAGAUCAUUCAAGGAUUGGAAAAUGUAACGGCUUUGUUGUGUUAUCACAACAAGUGAAUUGGGAAAGGGUUUGGGAAUAAGCAGAAUAAUGUAAAAGAGAGACAUGAUAAUGAAUAUUAUUAACUUAU